GUUCAUGUGCCUCCUUCUCUGUCCACCUCAAUGCAAAUCUCGGCCAUUCACAUUUGCGCCCCACAAAAUAUUAGCGACCGUCAGGUGGCGCAGAGGACCAGAUGCGACGAAUUAAAAAAAAGAGAGAGAGAGAGAGAAAAAAAAGAAAGAAAGAAAGAAUUACCCGAUUUAUUUAUUUGCAUCACAAACGAGCGGCAGCGAGGUCUCCUGCAUGCCUGAUGGACAGACGCAUCUUUAUACAGGGAAAUCCACGGGCUCCUCUCUCCUGAGCUCUUUAUUACACACUCGGCAGGAUUAUCAUCAUGAGUGAUGGAGUGUAAUUAUUUUGUGUGAUUAAAUCCUCCACGUCCCCUGGAUCCUUCUCCGCUCUUAAACAUGGAGCUGGCGGAAAGGAGACGGAGCCGGAAAUCACAGAGCUAUAAACUGAUCAGUGACUCAGACUAUGGGCAUAAUUCCGACAGUGUGGAGCACAUGGACACGGACAGUGAACCUCUGGAUACCUCUGAGAAUGAAACAUGGCUUGGUGAGGAUGGCAUGGAGAUUAAGAAGCAGAUUACGGGCAUGAUGCGGCUGCUGAGCGAUAAGGCAGGCCGGGUGUACCAGAGAGUGGGCAGAGAGGGGGAAACUCUUAAAGAAGAGCCGCAAGAGGAGGCUUUGAGCUGGAAUUUAAGUCAGAAGCCAAGUCCUGAAGAACUUGAGCAUGCCGGGAACUCGGUAUCUCACAGUCAGUAUGAUACGCGAUCCAAAACCCAGAAGAUGCUGGACCAGAGCAAAAGUAGAGACUCGGCGCUACCCCAUGCGCCUGCCAGCAUGAUGACGGAGUCCAGCUGCUGCAUGUGCAAUUGCAAGAGCACGCUGCAGGCCAUCCUGCUGGAAUUACGCACAAUGAGAAAACUCAUGCAGACUCAGAGAGGCCCGUCGGACAAACAGCGCCCAGUGUCCAGCACGUCUCCCACCUACAGGAAGAGAUCUCGUAAGAGGAGGGCAGGUCAGAGAAUAAUAGCGUUAACCCCGCCCACAAAAACUCCCACACCCAUACAAACUCCCAUGGUGGUGGAAUCGUUUGAGAAGAUUUGCCAUGAAAAGAAAGAGGAAGUAAAGAAAGAGAGGGCUGUGCCAUCCCCUCCGUCGACACCCGUAUCUAAUCCUCCACCGUCGGCUCACUACAGUCUGAACAGAGAUCAGAACUGCACAGAGGUACAGCUGGAGGUGCAGUUGGCAGAGGAAUAUGAAGUGUUCAUCCCGAAGGCACAGCUGGACUCCAUCCUACUGAACUACACACGAUCGGGCAGUCUACUCUUUCGUAAGCUGGUGUGUGCCUUCUUCGAUGAUGCAACACUCGCUAACUCGCUUCCCAACGGCAAGCGAAAGAGGGGUCUGAACGACCAGAGGAAAGGACUGGACCAGAAUAUAGUGGGAGCCAUUAAAGUGUUCACAGAAAAAUACUGCACAGCAAACAGAAUUGAGAAGCUUCCUGGUCCACGAGACUGGGUCCAGAUCCUUCAAGAUCAAAUCAAACUGGCUCGACGGCGCUUAAAAAGAGCGGAGACGACUACAGACGGUGAUGAGAUCAGGACGUGUACAUAUGAAACAGGUGCUGAUUGUCAGGUAGCUGUGCAAAAUGCUUAAGAUGACUCAUUUGUUUCUCAUGGAGUUCAAGCAGGUUUGGACUGCACCGUGUUCCAGUGAUGUUUCAAGUAUAAUCAAAGGCCUCAAGAUCAUUUUCGUUCUCCGUGCAAGGGCUCGACGGAUAUAGGCAGAAGAAAAUUGUGCCAUUUCGUUCAUCAAGGACUAGAUGAACUUGCUUACGCAACAACAGAAACCUCCCUAACUAACUCUCUCUGACUUCUAUUUUUGCGUUUCAAUACAAAAGCUUCUUGUUCAACUGUGUGGUUUUAAAUGUGCGUGAAUGAUUAUUGAUUGUUGAGUUGAUGGCAAAAUGUAUACGGUGUUUUCUUACUUCUUUUACCUCAUCGAAGCACUCCACAAAGCUCUGAUGUUAAGAAACUGUGUGCCUUUAAUUCAUGCGGCUGUACGAAGGGAAUCUUCUUCGGUAGGGAUGCACUGAUCCAAAUCGAUCCUUUUCUGAAAUAAGAUUGAUAUCAGAGCCCUGAGGAUUGGCUGACAUCUGAGAUUGACUCAAAUCUGACAUCCUGUUAGUGACAGAAGCUUCGGGUUAUGUGAAACAUCAGAGGUGUGAUGGUGAAGAUGCAUCCUGUGUGCAUCAUCAGAAGAAUCAAAUAUUGUGGCAAAUCUGAUCUGAUACCAGUUCAGUUCAGCAUUUCAGGUUAGUAUCAGCCCUGAUCUCAGUAGACCGCGUCGGAUCGGUACAUCCCUAAUGUCCAACAGUAUUCUAAUGAUCAUUUGACAUAAUCCAGUACCAUUUUUUUCUGCUAGAGUUUGUACCAUCCUCUUUGCGCAGUAGACAGUGUAUCAGUACUGUAACCCCAAGAGCUGUGCCUAAUGAUUGUUGCUAAAUUUCUCCUGGUGUAAGAGGAUGUGUUUAUGUAAUGUGCACAAUUGUGUGAAUUAUGUCCGUCAUCUUACUCUCAUGGAUUUAAACAUCACUGGCUUAAAAACUC